CUAUGUUCCCGAUGCGACCUUCAUUGACCUUGUAGACAUACCCCUGCCUACACCGACGAAUUCUACACCAGAAGUAAUGACUUCUCCGCCCCAGACCACUCAGUUGAAGCUCAAUUAUACCUCAACCUCACCCAGUAAUUAUGUUUGCGGCUCUCCGAUGUUCAGUAACCGAAUUGUAGGGGGCAUGGAUGCUGUGGAUGGAGAAUGGCCCUGGCAGAUCAGCCUGCGGUACAAGGGAUCUCAUAUCUGUGGUGGGUCCUUGAUCUCUAACCAGUGGGUCCUGACUGCUGCUCAUUGCUUUGGAUACUCCAUCAACCCAUAUAAUUAUGUUAUCGUGGCUGGGGAAUACCAGCUGUCCAUCUCUGGUUACCAUGAAUAUUAUGCCUCUGUAGAGCGAAUUAUAAUUUACCCCACAUUUGCUGGGGCAGGGAGCAGUGGAGACAUUGCCCUUAUCAAGCUGACUGACCCUGUCCCCUACACCAACUACAUCCUGCCUAUCUGUUUACCAUCUUUGUCUGUCAGCUUCCCGACUGGUUUGGAAUGCUGGGUAACUGGCUGGGGGAACACUAGAUCUGGUGUGAAUCUACCGUAUCCUAAGACUCUUCAAGAAGUGAUGACCCCACUGAUUGACUACAAAACGUGUGAUGCUAUGUACCACAAAAACUCUAUUGUGAAUGCGAACACCAGCAUUAUCAAGGAUGAUAUGAUAUGUUCCGGGUACGAAAAUGGAAUGAAGGAUUCAUGCCAGGGAGACUCUGGAGGACCUCUUGUGUGUAAAGUAAAGGGUGCAUGGUACCAGGCUGGCAUUGUCAGUUGGGGCGAGGGAUGUGCUAAACCUUAUCGUCCUGGAGUCUACACUCUCACUACUGUCUACAAGCAAUGGAUAGAAAGUUACAUCCCAGAACUUAACUUCAUAAACCCGGGUCCAACUAAAGCUCCAAAUGAAGGCUCCAAGCUGCUGGGUCAAGAGAUGACGACUGUGAUUCUUCUUGCCUUAAGUUUAAUGUUUUUUCAUUAUGUUUAA